AAUGUACAGACAUAACCGUAUCAGAAAUUCCCAGGACUAAGUGUGAAAUGACGAACUUGACAGGAGGAAUGACAAAGCAGAAUAUUUUUAGAAGGUUGUGAAAGUUUGGGUUCACAGAGAUUUGGGUACGCUUUUACACAAGUCCUCGAAAGCUAACCUGCAGGUACAGCAAGCAAUUAGGAAGGCAAAUCGAAAGGUGAAGGUCCGACUGGAAUCGUGCCACCUCCGCCUCACCCGAUCGUCCAUGCCACUAGCGGGAAAUCACGCUGGUGAGUUUACACGGAUUGGACUAUCAUUUCCUUUCGAUAUGAAGUGUCCUGGAUGGAAAAACAGAUUCCAGGUUGUGUAUGCUCUUAGUAUCAUCAUCAUCAUGUCUUGUACAAUGAGCCAGGGAGCUAAUAUUUUAGUUGUACCUGCUGAUGGAAGUCACUGGAUCAAUAUGAGAAUUCUAAUUGAAGAACUGAAACUUAAUGGGCAUAACAACACUGUGUUUUAUUUCUCAACAACUUGGUAUGUCAAUGAGCAACCUGACCUAUAUCGAUCCAUCAUGGUUGAACUGCAAGGAAACCUUGGGAAAACGACAAGUGAAGACAUUUUGCGAAGAUUUGUCCAAAAGUCAAUGGAUAUUUUACAGAAUGGUUCAACACCAUGGGAUUUUAUUAAAUUCCAAUACAAACUAAUGUCUUUUAUGUACACCUGCCAUAGUUCUGUUCAAAAGCUUAGCAUUUUAGUCUUCGAAAACAAAACUUUGUUAAGCCAACUUGAAAAUCUGCACUUCGACUUAGUACUUGCAGAUCCUGUUUUUCCUAUAGGCCCAAUGCUUGCUUAUUAUUUAAAACUCCCUUUGGUGUAUAAUGUUCGAUGGCUCGCCAGUGGAGAAGCUCAUUUUCUCUUCGUCCCAUCACCACUGUCCUACAUCCCAAUCCCCGGCUCACGGUUGACAGACAAAAUGAGUUUUCUACAAAGAACAAAAAAUGUCAUCCUAAGUCUUUUGCAGUUGUCUGUUACAAAAUUCCUAAUUCAUCCCAUGUACAAUGAACUCUACCAUCGAUAUCUGGGCCCAGACACAGAUAUCGAGACAAUUCUUCUAGGGGCAGAUGUGUGGCUGAUGAGAGCAGAUUUUAUAUUUGAAUUCCCGAGACCCACCAUGCCAAAUAUUGUUUACAUUGGUGGAUUCCAGUGUAAACCGUCCAAACCUCUAGCAGCAGAGUUUGAAGAGUUGAUCCAAUCCUCAGGGGAACAUGGGAUUAUUGUGAUGUCUCUGGGGACCAUGGUCAGCUCUUUGCCAAUGCACAUUUCAAUGAAAAUAGCAGAGGCCUUUGCUCAAGUACCUCAGAAAGUUAUUUGGAGAUAUGAAGGAAAGAUCCCUUCCAACAUAGAAAAUAAUACACUACUGACAAAAUGGAUCCCUCAGAAUGACCUUCUAGGGCACCCCAAGACACGAGCCUUCAUUUCCCAUGGUGGCACCAAUGGAGUUUAUGAAGCCAUCUACCAUGGGGUGCCAAUGGUUGGCAUACCUCUGUUUUUUGACCAGUUUGACAAUUUACUCAGACUUGAAAUCCGAGGUGCAGCAAAAGUGAUGGAUUUCACAGCCAUGCAGUCAACAGAUCUAUUGCAAGCACUUAGUGAGGUUAUAAACAACACUUCUUAUCGGGAUAAUAUGCAGAAACUCUCUGCUCUCCACAGGGACCAACCAGAGUCUCCAAUGGAGAGAGCCAUUUUCUGGAUUGAGUAUGUUGCGCGACACAAAGGUGCAGCACAUUUGCGCUCAGAAUUUUACCGACUCCCCUGGUAUGCUUACUAUUGCGUUGAUGUGAUGGUUUUCCUGCUGUCUUUGUUCCUCUUUGUUACAGUUCUGCUGGCUCUACUGUUGAAGGAACUUUGUAAAAUCACUCAUAAGAAGAAACAAAAAACUCAGUAAGAUUUACCCCUUUGAACUGAGAGAAGUGUUUUUUUAGUCAGGUCUUAUAUGGAAAUAUCACAAAGAUACGAUGCCAGUGAAAAUUACUGUGCAGUUACAUGGAAAUGCUGUACUGAAAUGAAAUGUUAUUA